AUGCCCAGCAGAGCCGACUACCUCAAGAAGUACCUCAGGGGCCCCCGCAAGCCCCAGGGCCCGCCCUCGGGUGCUCAGGGGGGUUUACGUCUCGGUGAGGAUGAGGAGUUGGAUCUGCGGCCUGGGCGGCGGCAAGGGGGGGCCCCGGGGGGCCCCGGGGGCCGCGGUGGUCGGACGCUGUUUACGGUGCUAAGGCGAGCAGAAGACGGAGCGAGGUACUUGUUCAAAGAUGAGAACCCAGAUGAGAUGGAGGGGGAUGACCUGCUAGGAUCUGAUGCCGAGGAGGUGCGGGUUGUAGGGGAGGACGGACAGGCCCUCGUGCUGAGUGAAGCAGACAAAGCAAAAGUCCAAGAACUCAUAGCUAGAGAGGAGAUGGAAGAUGACGAAGACCUGCGGCCAGGAGGGGCCCCAACCUCCCUCCUCAAAGGCCGCAACAGGGGCCCCCUCCGUGCCCAAGUGGCCCCCGCAAGGGGGGAAUCCGAGGAAGCUUCCUCGCCGCAGAACAGCAGCAGCAGCAGCAGCAGCAACUGGAAGGCUGCGUUUGCUCUGGAUGGGCCUGUGAGUGUGGGGGAGUCCUCUCAUAUGUGUGCUGCGAGUCCUUAUGAAGGACGCGACAGGAGACGGCUUGGGCUGCCAGCCGAGGGGGCUGAUGAUUUGCCUGCCUCAAGGAGACAUGCUGACACGCAGCAGCAAAACCAGCAGCUGCACCGCAAUGGAGCAGAGCAGGAUUCAGGAAGCAGAGACCUUUCUCCCCCGAGAAGAAGACCAGAAACGGACAGAGACAUCUCUCCCCCAAGAAGAACAGGAACAGACAGAGACAUCUCGCCCCCAAGAAGAAGAAAAGGAAGAGACCAGGACCUUUCUCCCCCCAGGAGAAUAGCAGAAGCAGACAGAGACAUCUCACCUCCAAGAAGAAGAGCAGAAGCAGACAGAGACAUCUCCCCCCCUCGGAGGCCCCGGGGGCCCCCUGUGUCCACUCCACAGGCGGGGGACCCCAAGGGCGUCGAAAGGUGUUCAUCUUCUCCUAUGAACGCACCUGGACACAGACACUCCGAGAAGGAAACAGUGACAUCUGCAGCAGACAGAGACUUCUCCCCUCGCCGCAGCCCUACACAGAACGCAGCGACCAGAGGAGACGCCAGUCGAGAAUCCCAGGAAGCAAGCGGGCCUCCCACGGGCCGAGUUGUAUUUCGAGACAGAGAGGGAAGGAUUAUCUCUGAGGAGGAAUGGCUUGCUCUUGAGGUGUUGGAGUGGGGCGCGGGUUUAAAGCAGAAAGAAGACAGAAAAGCGAAACAAAGAGAAGAAGAAAAAAUAGCCAAGCAACCGUUUGCAAGAUACGGCAUAGAUGAAGAAGAAGAGGCAGAGCUACGAGCGCGAGAUCGGUGGGAUGACCCCCUAGCCAGGGCCCCUUCUUCCAAGAAAUACCGACAAGAGCAGCAAAAGGCAGACGCCGAAAGCAGCAGCAAACCAGGCAAGCCGCCAUAUACACCUUAA